AUGACGCCGACGUCCAUCAUGGAAGUGCGUCUGCCGAUAACGCCCGAGUGGAUCGAUGAGCUCACGACGCGAAUGGAGGAGAACACGCACGGUGGGAAACCGCGAAUGUUGAGCAGAAUCGUGGACGCGCGAGAGGCGGAGCGGUUGAUGACGUGCGCGACGAGGGUAUUGAAACGAGAGAAGACGUUGACGCGGUUGACGAUGGAGGAGGGCGUGGAGGAGUGUAUCGUGGUCGGUGACACGCACGGGCAGUAUCACGACGUGCUGAAGCUUUUUGAGAUUGCGGGGAAGCCGGACGAGACGCGGACGUACGUCUUCAACGGGGACUUCGUGGACCGCGGGGCGUGGGGGGUUGAGCUGUUCUUCACCCUGAUCGCGCACAAGGUCUCGUCGCCCGAUCGUGUGAUUUUGCUUCGAGGAAAUCACGAGACGGAGUUUUGCACGGAGUGCUACGGAUUUGAGCGAGAGCUCAAGGUGAAGUACGGCAACACGAUGGGGCGGAAACUGUAUCCGCUGUUUUUGGAGGUGUGCUCGCACAUGCCGCUCGCGUGCUUGCUCAACGAACGGACGCUAGUCUUACACGGGGGAUUGUUUCGAAGCCCGUCGUUAUCCAAACGCGAGGCGAGGGAGAAUCCCAAAUUGGGGACGUUGCACGACUUGGAGAAGGCGUCGAAGGGCGGCGCCGACCCCAUGGGCGAAGGUCGAUCGAUGAUCGCGGGCGACGUCUUGUGGAGCGAUCCCAUCCUCGAGGAUGGCUUGCGUCAGAACGUCAAUCGCGGUAUCGGCAUUCAGUUCGGGCCGGCGCAGACGCGUGAGUUUAUGGAGCGUGAAAAUUUGAAGCUCAUAAUCCGUUCGCACGAAGGGCCUGACGCGCGGCACGAUCGUCCAGAGAUGCCGUCAAUCAUGGAAGGGUUUUGCGUCGAUCACGACUGCGGUGAGGUUGGUAAGCUAUGCACCCUUUUUAGUGCGCCAAAUUAUCCUCAGUUCAUCGACGUCGAUGACGAGCGGCACAACAACCGUGCUGCUUUUGUGACGCUCCGUCCGGAAACGUCCUGGUGUGCUCCCGAGCCGACAUCGUUCGAUUUCGUUCCUCGUCCACCCAGUCAAUGCUACUACGAUUUAGAUUGCGGUGGAUCGGAUUGUGAGGGACCGGAGAGCGACAUCCGUCCGCACGAGCCGCUGCACAUCGACGUCGGAGAGGGCGACGAGCGAGAGCGUUGGACCGAGGAUGAGAUGUCCCAUCGACUCAAGCUCAACCACGACGCAACGUGA